AUGUCGCAGCCCAAGAAAAGAAAGCUUGAGUCGGGGGGCGGCGGCGAAGGAGGGGAGGGAGCUGAGGAGGAAGAUGGCGGAGAGCAGGAGGCGGCCCUGCCGCGACCCCGGAGGGCUAGGCGGGAGCGGGACCAGCUGUACUACGAGUGCUACUCGGACAUAUCCGUCCACGAGGAGAUGAUUGCGGACCGCGUCCGCACGGAUGCCUAUCGCCUGGGCAUCCUGCGGAACUGGUCAGCACUGCGGGGCAAGACUGUCCUGGACGUGGGCGCGGGCACCGGCAUUCUUAGCAUCUUCUGUGUGCAGGCCGGGGCCCGGCGCGUGUACGCGGUGGAGGCCAGCGCCAUCUGGCAACAGGCCCGGGAGGUGGUGCGGCUCAACGGCCUGGAGGACCGGGUGCACGUCUUGCCGGGGCCAGUGGAGACGGUGGAGUUGCCGGAGCAGGUGGAUGCCAUCGUGAGCGAGUGGAUGGGCUACGGACUCUUGCACGAGUCCAUGCUGAGCUCUGUGCUCUACGCGCGGACCAAGUGGCUGAAGGAGGGCGGUCUUCUCCUGCCGGCUUCCGCCGAGCUCUUCGUGGCGCCCAUCAGCGACCAGAUGCUGGAGUUGCGCCUAGGCUUCUGGAGCCAGGUGAAGCAGCUCUAUGGUGUGGACAUGAGCUGCCUGGAGAGCUUCGCCACGCGCUGCCUUAUGGGCCACUCGGAGAUCGUGGUGCAGGGUUUGUCUGGGGAGGAUGUACUGGCCCGGCCGCAGCGCUUUGCUCAGCUGGAGCUGGCCCGCACCGGCCUGGAGCAGGAGCUGGAGGCUGGGGUGGGCGGACGCUUCCGCUUCAGUUGCUACGGCUCGGCGCCCAUGCACGGCUUUGCCAUCUGGUUCCAGGUGACCUUCCCCGGAGGGGACUCGGAGAAACCGCUGGUGCUGUCCACUUCGCCUUUUCAUCCGGUCACGCACUGGAAGCAGGCACUCCUCUACCUGAACGAACCUGUGCAAGUGGAACAAGAUACGGACAUUUCCGGAGAGAUCACGCUGCUGCCCUCCCGGGAUAACCACCGUCUCCUGCGCGUGCUGCUGCGCUACAAAGUAGGCGACCAGGAGGAGAAGACCAAAGACUUUGCCAUGGAGGACUGA